CUUCGUGGAAACGACCAAGACCGAGGAGCAUCUCGUCCAGCUUUGUGGCCCAAGCUCUCGGAAUUCGACAAAAAAAAAGGCUUUCCAAGUUCCCUGUUCCAUCCCCUCCCCUCGGUCUACCCUCUCACAAACUUCAUCUCAUGCACGCAGUCCAAACACCAUCUAAACCUUUUUAAAAAUCUACCCGCAAUGCGGCGAGUCAGCGCCACAAGAAGACCCGAGGACCCCGCCAUAGCAGUACGUGUAAUCUCCAGUUGUACACGUGUAGAUGCCUCGCCUACCGCCCUCCCUCAUCCGCCGCGCUCAUGCCGUCUCACCGCACGUGGCGACCCUCCUCCCGGCAUGCCGCGACAUCUCCUCGGCCGUGACUGAAUUCCGCUGGAUCAGAUCGCACGUUGUCGGCGUCCUAAAGCCGCCGGGUGCCCGGGCUACGGAGGCCCGCAUCGCCCGCCUCUGCGCAAGACGCGGCCGCGGCGUGCCGCUGCAGUACGUCCUCGGCUCCCAACCCUUUGGUGCGCUGGACAUCAAGUGCCGGCCUGGCGUCCUCGCGCCGCGCGCCGAGACGGAGGCGUACGCGUUGCACCUGGCCGAGAUGAUCAGGUCCGGUCGGCUGCCGGGCCUUCGGGACAGAGAGCUCCGCAUCGUGGACUUUUGCACGGGUACCGGGUGCAUUGCGCUUGCACUCUAUGAAGGUCUCGCGCGAUGGGCGGAGAGGCUGAGCAUCACGGGCGUCGAUGUUUCGCCAACUGCGAUUGGGCUCUCACGAGAGAACCUGCGGCAUAACGCUGAUGCCGGCGUGCUGCCGCCACCGACCGAGGCGAAGAGCAUCGUCUUCCAGCUGUCGGACGUAUUUGACGAGGCGGCUAUGGCGGCGCUCCCGCGAUGUGACGUCCUGGUAUCGAACCCGCCGUACAUCUCUCGCAAUGUCUGGACUUACGGCCGCGGCCAGAUGGGUUACUCGGUGCGAAAGUACGAGCCGAAACUCGCGCUGGUGCCGGGUGACACGGCGCCGACGUACGAAGGGUGCGAUCAUGCCGACGUCUUCUACGCCAGGUUGCUGGAGGUUGCAGGCCGGCUGCGGCCGAAGGCUUUGCUGUUCGAGGUGGGAGACCAGGAACAAGCAGCCCGGGUUGCGAGGCUCGUCCGGCGGAACCAUUACACCAGGCAGGCAACCUGCGAGCUGUGGAGGGAUUGGCCGGACAUGACGCCUGAAGAGGACGAAGCUUGCAAGGUAGAUAUAGACUCGGAGAGGCUUGCGGUUAGGGGGAGUGGAAAUGUACGGUCCGUGGUUGUUUUCCAGUGACAUACAAAUAGAGGAUGUAAUGAAACCCGGACGCAACACACCGACGUUGAUAGCGUUCC